AACCACAUCACCUUCUUUCCCACCAUCUGCCGUCUCCAGAGUAAAUAAAAAAUAUCAAAAAAAAAGCGAAGAGCAGCACUAUGAAUCUCCUCGAUAUUCCUUCUGAGCUCUUGCUCUUGAUAGGGGAGGAGUUAUCCGCUAAAGAUCUCACCGCCUUCACCAAAACCUCGCGGGCCGUUCAUUCCCUGUUGACUCCACGCCUCUAUUACCUGGGGGCGCAGCCCUCUCAGACAAACGAAUUUCCUCCGCUCUACUGGGCCGCGCAGUACGGUCACCUCCCCCUCCUUCACGGCCUCCUCUCUAAGGGUGCGAAACCCGUCGGCUCUCAAUACAAGUGUGAGCUACCUGGUUGCACCGGUCGGCACAUUUCCACGGCCCUCCACUGGGCUACAAAAAGCAACAACGAAACGGUAAUCAAAAUCCUCCUCGCGCGUGGUGUCAGCGUCAACGCGAUUGACAAUCACAAUUCAACCCCCGUCCAUUGGGCUUGCGGUAACAGCACUAUCCCAAUUUUGAAGCUUCUCGUUGAUCAGGAUGCCGAUUUGUCUGCCAGAGAUGGAGAUGGCGACCCACCGAUUGCUUGGGCCGCCGAGAAGGGAAUUCCCGACACCUUCGAAUACAUGCUUUCCCGUGGUGCUGAUAUCAGAGCUACCAACAGCUCUGGGGCGACACUCUUACACACCAUAUUUCUUCGUGGCAACAAGUACCUUGAUAAGCACGCCGAAGUCGUCCGUAUCAUGCUAAACCGCGACUUUGACAUGCUUGCACACACCGACAACCACGGAGAUGCAGCCCUCCACCUUGCGGCUCGUUGGGGCUCUCUUGAAGCUAUAAAACUUAUGCUGGACGAAAACCUCGCUCAGCGCCUGGACGUCAACAUGCGCGGCUCAGACAAUGCCACCCCGCUCUACCAAGCCUCUGAGAACGGCGCACUCGAAAUGGUGGAAUACCUGAUCUCCAAAGGGGCAGAUGUCAACGUCCCAAACUCCUCCGAAUCUACACCCUUACACACUGCCGCCUUCUCCGGCCGUCUUGAGAUUGUCCGAGCUCUCGUGGACGCGGGCGCCGAUGUGAACGCUAUCAGGGGUCCUUUUACCACAGUCCUCUACGAAGCCGUCAUUGCUAAGCACCUUCAAGUUGCCGAUCUUCUCCUCGAGCGCGGCGCAGACGUCAACGGCUACCUCCCGCCCACCACCCUCAAGACUCACCUUCACAUUGCGGCUGGGCACCCGGAGACUGCGGCUGGGCACCCGGAGAUGCUCAGGGUCCUACUAAGGCACGGAGCCAAUAUCGACGCAAAGGACAGCACUGGCUCGACAGCGCUAAUGUACGCCGCCUCCUGCUGGGAGGAUCCCCAGAUGUGCGAGAUUCUACUAGAGCAUGGAGCCGACGUUCGCGCCAGGGACAAUGAAGGCAGGAAGGCGUGGAAUAGAGCUCACGAGAGUGGAAUGAAUGCUACAAAGAAGAUCCUUGAGAAGUACAUGGAUAUCUGGCCGGCGAAAUCCGGCAAUGGCGCUGACGAUAUGGAGGAGGAGUUCAUCGGGAGCCCAACUGAGAGCUGGGAAUUGGAAAAUUUCUUUGUGGUUCAGGAGGUGGAUGCGCAGUUGGCCGCGGCAGCGCAGGCCCAAGAGGAGGCUGCCAUGCAGGAUGCAGUUGAAGGGGCGGAAAAUGCCAAUAGCCAAGUGCAGAACGAAGCCGAAACAGAAGACGAGGAUGUCGACCUGUAGUCGCGUGGUGUACAGUUCUCCUUUUAUCCUUUCCCCUUUCCGCUAUCUUUUUCUCCCCCUCAACUCCUUUCAUCUCACGAUUCACUUUCUAUUUGUACAAUUUACCAAAAAAAUCCCUGAGCGGGGUGUAGACAGUUAUCGAUUGCUGGAAUAAAUGAUCUCUUUUGCGGGAUCGCGGGUUGGUUAGCUGGAUCGACAGAUUUCCUUCUUAUUUGCUUUCCAUUUCUCGCAUUCCAUGUUUUUUUCUAUUUCGUCUUUUCAAUUUUCGUUUUACCUUCUCUUCUCCUUUCUUUUCCCCUUUUUCUAGUAUAAGUGUCGCUCACGUGUCCAUGUGGGAUAACGUACUCCAGUUCUGGUAGCUCUGUUCGAAUGCUUGGGUUGUGGAUUAGAUUAAUCACUUGCAUUUACAAU